UUGUGAAGACUUAGAAGAGAUGUCUCAUUUACGGCUAUUGCUGUCGACAGCUUGUAGACAGUAUGCCAGUCUUACAUUGAACAGAUGUUCAGGGUCUGCUUCUGUAUUGAAAACAAACUUACACUACUCACCAUGUCUGAAUAUAGAUGUUGGUAGUUUGAUAGAUGGAAAAGAGCAAAAAGACAAGCCAGCAGAACAAAAGACAGCCGAGAAGAGAGUUUUUUAUGCUGAAGCUCCAGUAGAUCCAGAAUACUUGCCAGGUGGAGAGUACAUUCCUACAGCUAGUACAUAUGAACAUAUGGUGGACGGAAUACGGUUUGAUGAACUGCCAAGGAUAUACAUCAACGCAACGUAUCAAAAUACCAUAAUUAGUGCUCAUACCAAAACAAAUGACUGCCUAUCAUACCAGUCAGGGGGAAGAGUUGGGUUUAAAAAUACUAGAAAAAAGACAGCUGUUUGUGGGCAGACUGUUGGGUUGGCUGUUGGGAUGGAUUUACUGAAGAAAGGCCACAAAAAUGCAUGUAUAAUUGUGUCUGGACAAGGAGCUGGAAGAUUGCCUGCUAUGAAAGGAGUACAGUUAUCAGGAGUGAAUAUUGUGUCUGUUACAGACAUGACAUACCCUGAUUUUGCAUCGAGACCAAGAAAGGCAAGAAGAUUAUAGAAUGUAUUUAGCAGACACAAACACAGACUAUGACAGAGGAGACAAGAUAGAGUGACAGUUAUUUCACAUGAAAAUGUUUAAAUUAUAAUUGUGGUUCAGUUUUUUAUUCUGUGUUCUAAACUCAGUAAUAAAACCGGACAAAUGUAUUGUGUGUUGAAAGUAGGAAUACAGUUAAUAAAAAAAUCUAACGUUCUAAAUGAAUUUCUUACCAAGCAUGUAGAAAGGUGUUGGCCUCAGACAAUGUUGACAUUCUGUAUCAUGUUAUUAUACUGUGGAAAUAAAUUAUGUUUUAAAUUC